AUGAACACGGUGAAUUACGAAGAAAAUUUUAAGUUGUUUUAUCGGAUCGCAAAAGUGCUUAUUCUACAGCUAAAGGAUGAUGACAAAGUCCUUGCUGCCCAGUGGUUACGUAAGUUGGCCGCAUGCCAAUCGGACGCCGACUCCGAACUGCGAUGUCACUAUAUGACCCUGCUGCUGAUUACACUUCAGCAGCAACGGAUUGUCGGUCCUUUCAAAGAGCCUCCAGUCGGGGGAACCAAGCUGGAACCGUUCGCCGAAGAUUAUCAGCCCGAAGACAUUCAGCGACUGAUCAACGAUGAUCUGCAGAAAACGCCUCCUCCGCCGCUCACGCAGUUUGCUCUUUCCGGUGGUCCCAUGCUAACCGAGUUUGCUGUAGCGCAGGAAAUUCCGAAGUUUGGAGCACAUUUCUUCUAUGUGUGCUCCCUUCAGCCCGUCUACGAAUUUCAGCAAGCCUAUCAGUCACAAAUUCCACGCCCCUUGAGGGGGCCCACAAGAUCAACUAUGCGUGACCUGAACGCUGGCGUUGAGCGACUGUUGCGCGAAGAACGAAAGAAAAUAAAAGUUACAGUCGACAAAUCGGGUAAAAAGAGCAUACAAAUUAAAGACGAGCACUUUGCGGCCUUUUCGGAAACGGCAAGAAAACCCCGCGCAAUGUCGAAGCGAUUGCAAAAACGGUUAGGUGUAACUCUGCCAGAACCUGAACCGGCUACUGCUGACAGCUUCGAAGAGCCCUCUCCGAGACGUCCUGCUGGUCCUGCUGGAUCAAUAGCUGGGGCUGUAGCUGCAGGUGCCGCUUCUGCCGUCGCUACUUCGAAGCUAGGCACUCCUGGAAAACCAAAAAGCGCGAAAAAGUCCGGCAUUGCGAGACCCGGGAUCAAGCCUCCAGGCGCAGUGAAGUCUGGCACACGGUUGGCAGCUCCUGGAAGUGUCCAACGAAGACCCGCCCCAAAAGCUCAACCUGCCGCAUCCCCUGAACCUCAAGUCAUACCUGUUAGUUCUCCACUACGCUUCACGCGACAUCCGGAUGCUCCACCCACUCCACCGCUGUUUCUUUUUGGUGCACCCACCGGAGGUCAGGCUUACGAACAGGAAGCUUUCGAUGUCCCUGCUACGGAGAAAUUUGCUGUCUCCAAAGUCAAAUUUCUCCAGAAAAAAUGGUCCCCUAAGAAAAAACCCGGACGAGUUGAUGUACUGGAAAUCCUGGAGGAACAUCCAAUUACGGAGGAAAUUCUGCAGCUGGAGGCUGAAGCGAGACCACGCAUCCCUACACCGGAGAUAGUUGAAGAAGUUCGCGAAACAAAGCGCCGUUCACUACUAUUGAAAACCGUUACUGACGCUAAAACGCGUGAAUUAAUGGAGAAAUUCUAUGCCGUCAAGACCGCUAAACCGCGCAAACUUGAUUUCUCGCAGGAAAUCGAUGCUACCGUACCAACCGUUGCUGAUCAACAGCAACCGGUAUUGCUGGAUGACACCGCCGAGUUUUUGGCUGAAGAAGCUAUGGAUUAUUACCAACAAUUUGCAGACAGUCAAUAUAUUAUGCCUGAGGUAACACAGGAUAUGUCUUUGAUGCCAGGUCCAUCGUCAACUAGAUUAGACCUAGGCAGAGAAGAGGAACAAUUUGAAUUGCUAGACGAAAUGCCACCAUGGCAAGAAGAUUUGCAGGGCCAAUUGCAGCAGGAACCUUCGGGCGGAGCCUUGCAGGACGAGUUCUUAGCUGACAUCGAUAUUGAGUUUGCAGAAGAACCAAUCUAUGACGAUAGCUCGCUCUCAAUUUUAUAUGAGUCUCCCGCUAGGUCGCCGAUUGAUCACACCAGACGCUUACAGGAAGCACGGGCAGCCUAUCAGGACGUUGCCGCAAGUUUGCAGUACAGAACGCCUACCCCUAAGAGACCGCCGCAACCCCGAAGGAUUUCUCCAAAAGAUACGGCAGACCGUUUACUGGACAUAAGUGGAGCAGCGACGCCCAGAACACCGAGGAUGCAGCAACACAUGAUGGACUUGAUUACAGGUGAGACACCACCCGAAAUGAAAAUAAUCAUGCGAAAAAUCGCGGAUCAAGUGGAAGUGCAUAAAGAAAUAGUGGCUGGCAUCGUACCCAAGUCACCAUCGGUCGAACGGCUACGAAUUGAUCUUAGUAGAGGAGCUGAUGCGCUUGAAAAUCUGAAAUCCCGUUUACAGCAAUUACGUGAGGCCAGACAAGUGCAACCGAAAACUCCACCGAAAACACCGCUUGCACCCGUGUCUAUUCCUGAAACCCAACCAGAAGUCCCAUUUAGUCCUCUUGGGUUCCAACUACUGAACGUGUCGGAAAUGAUAGCAAACGCAAUGGAGAAUGCUCAAUUAUUGCAAGAUGUGGCCGAAGCUGUACCGGAGCCGAUUGUUCAAGAAGCCGCUAACCAGAGCUUACAGUCUGCAGUAGUUCUAGGCGAAAUAUCUGACCGACUGAAGAACCUGACAACGAUGUGGGAACAAACUGUGCAUGAUGUGGACGACGCAUCGUUAGGGCUGAUUGAGGAUGAAGAAAUUGGGGAUGAUAUUUUCGACAUGGAUGGAACGUUGGAUAGCAUGGUGGAAAGCCUGGAUAAGUCAGUGAAGGAGGUCAUCGCCGAGGGAGAUGACGUUAGAUCGCCAGCUGCUCAACAUUUACAAACUGCCCUACGAGAUUUCCAACGUGCUUUCCAGGAAAUCAGCUUGGAUCUAGAAGGAUCACUACUUGAAAGUAGCACGCCGGCCGAUGUGCUCUUGAACGAUGCUUUAGACGAUGCAGUGGAAGUGCUGGAACAGUCGAUGCAAUUGGAAAAGGCAGCAGUGAUGAAUGUUUCUGCUACGAAAGAGAAUCAGGAAGUUUUGAAGAAGAGUAGCGCUGCUACAGAGGGACUGGCUGAGGUACUCGAUCAAAUGGUUGCACUUGCACCUCCAUCUCCUACCCAAGGUCCUCAGAUUGAGCCUCAUAGGCGAGCUGACAUCGAAUCGCGACUAAAAACGCUUCGUAUUGCUUCACGUCAACCAGUUGAAGAAGAUGUUUUAGUCGACAUUUACGGAGAGGAAGAAGAAACGGAACCAGAGUUUGUGCCAUUUAAAAUCGACUUCUCCGAUGAUGAGGGAGAUGAAAUGAUUUUAGCUGAUGAGGAAAUGAUGACAGGUGACCUCUUGACGGAAGAAACAGAGGAUGCCGCGAAAGCGUUCUUUUCUAGACCCACACGACGUCCUUUACCAUUUUCACCGUCCCUUCUGCGAAAAACAUACACUCCUAAAGGACGUCACUCGGAGAAGCGACUGCACUUUCAAGAACAAAUUCAGGCUGAAAUGGCAAAUCUACUUAGCGUUGCAGAGCAGCAGCAAUUAGCGCUUUUGGAUGCAAGCCUUACGAUCAAUGACAACGCAGCAGAUGCUAGUGCGAUUGCUGCAAGCCAGCGUGUCGCACAGUCAAUGCUAAAAUCGCAGGCUGAAAUGUUCGAUAUGAUUUCUCAGGUUCAACAGUCGCCACGAGACAAGGCCUUCGGCUGGUUGGGCCCGAUGGCUUCCCAUGGAUUACCAAGGAAAUCUGGCUCAAAAGCAUCGCUGGGAGCUAUACCUAAAGCAUCUAGGUCUCAGGUAAGAAUGCCAGCUAGAGCGAAGGCUCCCUCUAGAGCAUCUGCACAGCCGACACCCGGUAGAGCAGCACCUUCCAAACCACCAGCAGUUAGACGCCCAGUGAAAAAAUCAGUUACGGAAGGACCGUUGGCGCCUCCGCCCGGUGUCAAGGUACCAAAACCUAGAGCUGGCUAUGACACUCCUGUUCCAGUCAAGCGGCCACCACAACCGAUUCCUCUACCGGGAACUAGCGGCGCCGCUCCGAGUACGGCUUCCACCUCUGUUCGGGCAAGUCUUCCGCGACCAACCUCAGCCUCCAGUACUAGUCGGAGGCGAUAA